CCAUGGGCAAGGCCGGGAGGGCCGGGAGGGCCGGGGCGCCCCGCAAGGGCCCCGGAGCCCCGGCGGCAGCGCGGGCCAAGGCCAACGCCAACCCGUUCGAGGUGAAAGUCAACCGGCAGAAGUUCCCGGUGCUGGGCCGCAAGGCGCGCCACGACGUGGGGCUGCCGGGGGUGUCGCGCGCGCGGGCCCUGCAGAAGCGCACCCAGACCCUGCUAAGGGAAUACAAAGAAAGGGACAAGUCCAACGUGUUCGCAGACAAGCGCUUUGGCGAGUACAGCAGCAGCAUGAGCCCGGAGGAGAAGAUGCUGAAGAGGUUCGCGCUGGAGCAGCAGCGACAACAUGAGAAGAGAAGCAUUUACAACCUGAAUGAGGAGGAGGAGCUGACUCACUAUGGCCAGUCUCUGGCGGACAUUGAGAUGCACAAUGACAUCGUGGACAGCGACAGUGACACGGAGGGGCAGGGAACACUUUCCGCUGAGCUGACCGCGGCCCACUUCGGAGGUGGCGGGUCUGUCCAGAAGAAGGCCCCAGAUCAGCCAGGUGGGGAAGGCGACUCUCCGAAGUCCCGCCGAGAGCUGAUUGAAGAGCUUAUCGCCAGGUCGAAGCAGGAGAAGAGGGAGCGACAAGCUCAGCGUGAAGGUGCCCUGGAGCUGACGGAGAAGCUCGAUCAGGACUGGAAGGAGAUCCAGGCUCUGCUGUCCCGCAGCAUCCCCAAGGCCUGUAGCGCAGAGCGGAAGGAGAAGCCCCAGCCUGAUGCAUAUGAUGUGACGGUGCGCGAGCUGGGAUUCGAAAUGAAGGCGCAGCCCUCCAACAGGAUGAAGACGGAGGAGCAGCUGGCGAAGGAGGAGGAGGAGCGACUCCAGCGCCUGGAGGCUGAGAGACUGCGGCGCAUGCUGGGGAAGGAAGAGGGGGAGCACCCCGAGAAACCCAAACACAUGUCAGCCGAUGACCUGAGCGACGGCUUCAUCCUUCCGGGAGAUGACCGGCGGCUGCUGUCCUACACGGAUGGGAAGAUGGACAUGCAGGCAGAGCCUGACCAGGAGGCCAGUGAUGACGCAAGCCAGGAGCCAGAGGGUGAGGACUCAGGCGAGGAAAACUCCAAGGACGGCAGCGGCUCCGACAGCCACUCGGACCUGGACUCUGAUGGGGACAGUGAGGACGACGGUCUGAAGCUGAGGGACCAGCCAUGCCAGCCUCUCAAGGGGCCAGCAGGCCGCCACCACCCUCAGGCCUUUGCCACAGCAGAGCUGCCCUACACGUUUGCAGCCCCCGAGUCCUCUGAGGAGCUCAAGGCCCUGCUGUGUGGAAAGUCGACGGCAGAGCAGCUGUUGGUGGUGGAGCGGAUCCAGAAGUGCCACCACCCCAGCCUCGCGGCGGGGAACAAAGCCAAGCUGGAGAAACUUUUCACCCUCCUGCUGGAGUACAUUGGGGAUCUGGCUGCAAGGGAUCCCCCAGACCUGCAGGUCAUCGAUAAGUUGGUUGUGCACUUGUACAACCUUUGCCAGAUGUUUCCAUUGUCUGCCAGUGAUGCUGUCAAGUUUGUCUUACGCGACGCCAUGCAUGAGAUGGAGGGGAUGGUGGAGUCCCACGGUCGGGUGGCCUUUCCAGGGCUGGACGUGCUCGUGUAUCUGAAGGUCGCAGGGACGCUCUUCCCCACCUCUGACUUCCGGCACCCAGUGGUAACCCCGGCACUGGUGUGCAUGAGCCAGUUGCUCACCAAGUGCCCAGUGCGAUCCCUGCAGGACGCCGUGAAGGGCCUCUUUGUCUGCUGCUUGUUUCUGGACUACGUGUCCCUGUCCCAGCGCUUCAUUCCAGAGCUCAUCAACUUUCUCCUGGGGAUUCUCUACAUCGCAACACCUACCGCACAGAGCCAGGGGCACAGCCCGGUGCACCCUUUCCGGGUGCUGGGGAAGAACUCGGAGCUGCUCGUGGUGUCAGAUGAAGAAGACAUGGCCACAUGGCAGAGGAGCGCACUCUCCCUCCGCUGGGCCAGUGACCCAAAGGCCCAGUCCAGGACCAAGGCCAACCAUAUCAGGCUGUCCUGCCUGGCCGCAUGUCUGACCCUGGUGAAACGCUGCGUGCUCAUGUAUCACACACUGCCUGCCUUCGACGCCAUCGCUGCACCCCUCCGUGCUCUCCUGGCGGAGCACCUGGAACCCCCCCAGCACCCCGAGCUGCAGAAGCUGUGUCGGAGCAUUCUAACAGAAAUGGGAAGUCAGGAGCGGCGCUAUCAGCCCCUCAUCUGUGAGAAGAGCAAACCGGUCCCCCUGAAACUCUUCACUCCACGGCUGGUCAAAGUCCUGGAGUACGGGCGGAAGCAGGGCUGCAGCAAGGAGGAGCAGGAGCGGAAGCGGUUGAUCCACAAGCACAAGCGUGAGUUCAAGGGCGCCGUACGCGAGAUCCGCAAGGACAACCAGUUCCUGGCCCGCAUGCAGCUCUCGGAGAUCCUGGAACGGGACGCGGAGAGGAAGCGGAAGGUGAAGCAGCUCUUCGGCAGCCUGGCUACACAGGAGGGUGAAUGGAAGGCACUCAAGAGGGCAAAGUUCAAAUGAUGAUGGCUCCCCCGCACCACUGAUGGCCAAGAAACUUCCCCUGGACCGUUGGCAAAAACCACCUGCCACCCAGUGCCAUAAAUAGGAUCCUCAGACCUGUCGCCACACAGUGGCCAGCUCAGGAGGGGUUUUGGCCUUCAUGUACAGGAUUCAGGGCGGGUUUUUAACCUACUAUAAAUGGUUUC